UCAAAAUGCUUUGAGCUGUGAGACUCAGUCAACUCCUCUUUAACUUCACCAACAACAAAAAAAUAAAAAAAUCCUCUAAUUUUAAAUAUUUUUUUUUUCAUUUUUUAUAUCUUUUAAUUGGUAAAGACAAAAAUAAUCAUCCGCCGGGCGAAACCUGUAAUCCAUUUUCUUGUAACGUGGUUUUGAGUGUUGACCAGUUCAGGCCAAUCAAUAGAGAAGUUUAUAUAGUCAAGAAGAGAGAAAAAAAAAGCAUUCGAGUUUUGAGAGUUAAAAGAGUUGCCUUCUCUCUAUAUCAAUUAACAACUGCAGCUUUAAUUCUUACAAUGGCUAGUUCUUCUGGAGCAGUUAAAAGUGGAAAUCCUGACUACACUCACUUUAUAUCACUUCCGUUGUUGUUACAUGAUGAAACGGUCAAGAAGCUCAACAACUUUCAGAAGUCAGUUGUUGGAACUACUAAAGAUUUGGGAAUCGAGAAGUCCAUGUUUAUUAAUCCAAAAACAUUUCACUUGACUGUGCUCAUGCUGAAACUUUCGAAUAAUGAUCAAAUUAAAGCUGCUGCUAAGGUUCUGCAGAGUGUCUCACCAAAAGUAACUGAAGAUUUGGAAGGACGACCUGUGUGUAUAAGACUGACAGGCUUGGCUUGCAUGAGAGGUUCUCCGGAAAAAGCUUAUGUUGUACAUGCUCCUUUGAAAGUAACUGGUGGUGAAGCCCAACUUGAACAUGCCUGUCAGAGGAUAAUUAAUGCGUUCACUGAAGCUGGUCUUGUUCUUGAAGAAGAUGUAAACAAGAAGUUAAAGUUGCAUGCCACAAUAAUGAAUGCGCGAUAUAGAAAAAGCAAAAAGAGUUCAGAAAAAACUGACCCUUUCGAUGCACGAGCAAUUUUUGCACAACAUGGCUCGGAAGAAUGGGGAGAAUGUCUUAUCCGUGAAGUUCAUCUUUCAAAAAGGUUUGUGUAUGAUAUUAACGGUUACUUCCAUUGCUGUGCUUCCAUCCCAUUUCCCGAAGAGAAGCAGGGUGAGUCUGGUAUUAUGAAAAAUAUUUUUCAUAAGGUACUUCGGUAAAAAAAAAAAAAAAAAAAAAAAACUUCCGUGAAAAAAUAAGUGAUUUUCUUACAUAUUUUCUGGUGUGAAUGAAUUGUUCAUAAAUGUCAUGUGUGCUUAUAGUAAGUUGUUGAUGACAUUAUAUACAGCUUUUCGGAUGGUAGUGUAGUGACCUACGGUAUUGUGUUGUAUUGUUAUUUCAAAUAGUACAAUAAUUUUAAGUGUUACAUUAUGUUGUAUUGAAUGGUUAAAUCCGUUAUGUAACGACAAAAAGACUCAUUUGAUGCAAUAAUAGAUGUGGUGUGGUUCGAUUGUUA